AUGGCAGACAGCACUUCCAGCCACUCCAUCGAGCUUGGUCAACAGGCAAAGGCCCCAACUGUCUCUACCUGCUCGACUAGCCAGGGACGCGAGUAUCCUACUGCGCGUGAGCUGAAGACCCUGCCCCGUGUUGCUGGCAAAGUUCACUGGACUGCGUACACCAUUGCCUUCGUCGAGCUGUGCGAACGAUUCUCCUACCAUGGGACUACUGCCGUCUUCACCAACUUCAUUCAGCAGCCUCUUCCUCCUAACUCGACCACCGGCGCUGGGUUUAGUGGCCAGCCCGGUGCUCUAGGCCAUGGUCAGCGUGCAUCGACUGGUUUGAAUACUUUUAAUACCUUCUGGUGUUACCUGAUGCCAAUCUUUGGAGGAUGGAUCGCAGAUGAGUUCUUAGGUCGUCUCAACACCAUCCAGUUGUCUAUCUUGUUUGCCAUGAUUGGUCACGUCCUUCUCAUUAUUUCUGCCCUCCCUCCGGUUAUUGCUCACCCAGACGGCGCUCUUACUGUUUUUGCCAUCGGUCUCGUCAUCUUCGGUGUUGGUGUCGGAGGAUUCAAAUCCAACAUCGCACCAUUGAUCGCAGAGCAGCACCGGGGUUAUCGUCCAUACCUCAAGACCGAUCCUGUGACCGGCGAACGAUACAUUGUGGACCCAGCACAGACUGUCAGUCGGGUCUUCAUGUACUUCUACUUCAUGAUCAACGUCGGCGCCUUGAUUGGCUCAAUCUCCAUGGUCUACGCGGAGAAAUACAUUGGCUUCUGGCUGUCGUUCCUCCUUCCAACCGCCAUGUUUGCAUUCUGCCCGGUGGUCUUGUUCCUCUGCCGCAACAAGUACGAUACUACGCCCGCGACAGGGUGGAACAACUGCAAAGACGAUGACUUUUGGCGAAAUGUCAAACCAAGCAAUCUCCGUCACCGACCAUCUUGGAUGACCUUCGACGACCAAUGGGUCGACGAAGUCCGUAGGGGCGUCAAAGCAUGCAGCGUCUUUGCAUGGUUCCCACUAUACUGGCUCGCGUACGGCCAAAUGACCGGCAACCUGAUCUCACAAGCCGCAACCAUGCAACUCCACGGCGUUCCCAACGAUAUAAUAAACAACCUUGACCCCCUCGCCCUGAUAAUAUUCAUCCCAAUCAUGGACCAGAUCGUUUACCCGCUUAUUCGCAAAACGGGCUUCCGCUUUACCCCCCUCAAACGGAUCUACGUCGGCUUUAUGGUUGCCUCGGCAUCCAUGAUCGCAGCAACAGUCAUCCAGCACAUUAUCUACGUUCGCAGCCCCUGCCACAACCGCGCCUCUUCCUGCGACAAGCCCGCCAACUUGAGCGUUUGGGUGCAGACAGUCCCAUACGUGCUCAUCGCACUGUCCGAGAUUUUCACCUCAAUCUCCGGCUACGAAUACGCAUACACCAAGGCCCCGAAAAACAUGAAGAGUAUCGUGCAGAGCUUGUACUUAUUCACGAACGCCAUUAGCGCCGCGAUCCAGCAGGGAUUGACGAGUCUAAGCGCGGAUCCCCUCCUCAAGUGGAACUACGGCUUCAUCGCAGUGCUGGCAUUCUUUGGCGGCCACAUUUUUUGGCGCCGGCAUUGGCGGCUCGAUAAGGAGGAGGAUUACCUGAAUCAUUUGGAGCCGUCCAGCUUCUUGGGUAGGAACUCGGGGCAGGGCCGCCGAAAUAGGCGACGCGACGUGGAUUUGGAGCAGUAA